AUGGAUGACAACUGGAUCAGCACAGUUCUACCGUCAAACAUGACAAAAAGCGGAGGGAACCAAACUGAAAUAAAUGCAGACUUGAACGGGGUUGACUGCAUGCAUGUAACAUUUAUUCCGGGUAUAGCCAGUAUAGACACUGUACAAGGACUGAAUGACUUCUCAAACAGUUAUGGUGGCAUUCAUGGUUACGUCGCCGUAGCCGUCUGCCUGUUCGGGGUGUUGUCUAACUCAGCCAACAUUGUGGUUUUGACUAGAAAAAACAUGGCCUCCAGCACCAACACGAUUCUUUUAUGGUUGGCCGUUGCCGACCUGCUAACCAUGGUAGACUAUCUUCCAUUUGCCAUCCACUUCUAUGUUAUGGAACCAGCAGACGCCACACGACAACCCUUCAGCACGCCAGAAUUCUCCUGGAUUUGCUUUUUGCUGUUUCACGCUAGCUUUAGUAUAGUAUGCCACACCAUAGCUAUUUGGCUGACUAUCGCUUUGGCCAUAUUUCGGUAUAUAUUUAUAUGUAAACCAACCAGAGGUUCAUACUACUGUAGCCAACAGCGAGCCUGCUACGUGGUUGUGACUGUGAUUAUUUUAACCAUCGUCUUGUGCAUUCCAAAUUACACAAUUAAUACCUACCAGUUUCAUCACACCGCAAAUGAAACAUUUUUAAUAAACAUUAGUACCGAGUCAUAUUAUUACCCCGACAUCAGAAUGGCCACACCUGAGUUUAAAAUGAUCUUUCUGGUCAACAACUGGGUCCAGGCCAUCCUUAUUAAGCUUGUUCCGUGUUUUAUGCUAGUCACUUUGACUUUGCUUCUUUUGAAUGCGAUGCACAAUGCAUACAGGAAGAGAUUAAAGUUGAAGUCCCAAGGGAGAAGAGCUGAGUCAGACAAGCAUGGCGAACAUAAUAGAACCACUGGGAUGUUACUGGCCGUGGUCAUUUUAUUCACAAUAACAGAGCUGCCCCAGGGUAUCCUCACGCUGAUGAACAUCUUUGUCGACUGCUUCACCACAACCGUCUACUACAAGCUUGGCGAUCUUCUCGACAUUAUGGCCCUCAUAAACAACUCGGUAAAUUUCGUCCUCUACUGCACAAUGAGCAAACAGUUUCGCACAACUUUUGCGUCUAUCUUCUGCCCACGACAAUCCUCACACCCCAAAUGGCUGAAGCUGAGGUUAAUCAAAUCAAAAGGCGGAGAUUUGAACUCUAUUGAGAUCUCAGAAGGGAGUAAAAAAUAUGUUCGUAGCAACAAGAACGGCGGUGUUCGGAUGAACAAUGAAUGCCAACAUUUAUCCCAGGAACCUACAGUUAGUGAGCUAAUUUUCGACGACCCAACAGAAAUCACAGACGUGCAGGUGAGCAAUGAGAAAUUGCUUCUUGCUGCUGAGAGUAACAACGGCGUUUCUGCACACGCACACGGUUUAGUCACUGACCACAGCUGUUUGUAA